AAGGUUUUGAAUGCGUAACUGUUUCUGUCAGGGAUCGAGACAUAGUAUAUGCAAGGAACCAGAACUUAAUACCAGAAGGUUUUGAACAAGUUACCGUGUACACAAGGAAUGGGGAAGUAAAAUACGCAAGACAAGGUGACAGCCACCCUACAGAAUAUGAUCGGGUUUCAACCUAUGCAAAGAAUGAAGAAAUAAAGUAUGAGAAAGAAAGUCAUCCUACCCCAAUAGGUUUUGAACAAGUGACUGUGUGUGUGAAAACAGGAGACAUAUUAUACACAAGGCAAGGAGAGCUUAAACCAAAAGGUUCUGAGCCCGCGUCAGUUUAUGUGAAAAAUGAGGACAUAGUACAUGAACAGUGUCGCCAUGUAAAAGCAGUAUUUCACACAGAGUGCCUGAAUCAAUGCAUUCCACGGCGUGAGGAGGCAGCUCGUCAGUUCCUGGAAAGAGCUUCACCAAAAAGCAAUGUCCUGUCUAUUGGGAUUCAUGUCAAGUACUUAUUUGGAGAAGGGAGAGCAAACCCAGAGCAGAAAAAGAGAAAAAAGGAGAAGAGAGAUCGUAAAGCUAUUGAGUUACUGAGAAAAGUAUCGGCUCUGCGGAAUUCCAACUCUGGAUAUAUACUGAUUCAUCUUGUUGGCCUGGCACCUGAAGAUUCUUUCACUGGCGCAUUUGAUGAGUUUGCUGACCCCAAACUUCACGAUUUGAUUCAAGAUGACAAACAGUUUUGUGAUGUUUACAGGAAACAGACACUGAACAGUCACUAUACUUGUCACGGCUUUGGUGACUUUCUCGUGCUGUAUGUUGGAGCUUCUUCAACUGUAACGACUUCUAAAUUCAAUACGAAGACAACACUCGAUGACUGCAUCGAAGAUAUUCGUGCCGAAACGCUCAGAACAUUUGUUAGGGAAAGAAAAUCCUUGUGCAACACAUUCCAUUCACUUCCUGGUGUGACCCAGGCACAUCACCUUCAGAAUGUUCACGAAAACAGGUCAAUUCAAAUGAAAAGUCACUUUUCUCAAAAGAAAGAUGAUCGAGCAAUAACAGAGGACAUCAUCAAGAAUCAUAAACUUGCAGAAUAUAUCAGCGCAUUUACUAAAACUGAAAGUGGUGGUUCCUUUCUUUAUGGUGUCCAUGAGAAAACUAUUUUAAAGAAGGGAUAUGGUUAUGAGACUAAAGUAAACCGCAUCCAACCAGUCAUCCUGGAGGACAGAACCGUUUUCGGGGACACUUUAGGGGAUAACAUUCGGAAUAUUGUCCUCGUCUGUGACUACGAUGGAAAUGACAUAUUCCCAGAUCCAAAUAUUUUCCAAAUUCAUUUUAUUCCUUGCACACCAGCGGAGGAACGCACACCAGCGGAGGAAUUAGUUUAUCGGCGAGACAGUGGAGAACCUGUACAUGAUGGACAUGGUGAUGAAGAUGCUGUAGUUGUUCAUGUUGCUGUCAGACCAGUGAGUGGGAUAGUGUUCCAUGACAAACAAGGACCGCUUGCAUAUAGAUAUGACAGACAAUUCAAACUGAUCACACGGAUAGAUCUCAAGGACUGGAUACGUGCUCUCACAAAACGGAAAAUAUCUCAGCAGUAAACUGAUGUAAGAUACGACGGCAGGAUGUGGGAGCUUCUGCAAAAUAUCACAGAGGAGGAUGAGCAGGAUCUUUAUCUUGGGACAAAUGACAUCUUGCGUCCUGACCUGAAACAGAUUGGAAAUAGUCUCUUUGAAAUCAAAAGUUACUUUAUUGAGAAGGAAGGCCAGAAUUUUGCGCCAAGAAGACUAAGGACCCCUUUAGCACAAGUGAAAGAACGACUCAUCGAACACAUAGAAAAUCAUGCAUACGACUUUGUUUUUGAACCUCUCACCAAUGAAGUGGUAGAUUUUCCAAACCCAAAGGCUGGACCAUGUUUUGUGUUCUUGUCCAAUUCGUUAUCAGUUGCGUUAGAUUUCUGCACAUCACCCCGACCAAGCAACAUUGUAUGUGAUGUAUUCCUGGCUCUGCCUACACAGUCUGUGAUAGUUUUGUCACUGGUUGAUGGGGAUGAAGACUGUCCAGAAGCAGUGGCAUACAGUAUGUCAGUGGCGAGAGGAGUGAUAGAGACACUUAGCAGGUUCACUGAUGAGGAUAUCAACUCAAUCCAUGGAGUCAUUCCCAUUUCUCUCCUUGAGGACGCUGUUGGAUUUAAGAAUCGAUUUAAGAAGCUGGCAAAUGAGUCUUCUCAUUUUGUCACAAACGAUUCUUUGGUAAUGACUCCCAGUAGGUAUGUGAAAGUCCUGACUGCUUUCUGGGCUGGUGUUGCUGAAACGAAGUCGGUGCUAAAAGAAGAAAGUGGAGACACCGAUGGCGACUAUCUUAGAUUUCUCACCAAAGAACAAUGUAUCAUUCUGGUGGAGAACAUAAACAGUAAGGACGUCGAGGUCAAGUAUAUGCCCGGUAGUGGAGCCACGACUCUGAUGCUGGAGGUGGCUAGGAGACUGAACAGACUGGGGGACACUCUGCUUGUAUGUAGGUCACGACAGGAGAGGGACAGGCUCAGGUCGGUGUACCCAUCAGCUGUAGCAGCAGAGGAUCUCAGUAUGGUGGACAUGUCUUCCUGUGUGAAUAUAGUCCAUGAAACCAACACAGUCCUGGCACAAACAAGCGGACAACAUUGGCGAUUUACAACCUAUCCAACUGCUGUCAAAGAACUGACGUCCCAAAUAUUGGAGGUAGAAAUGGAAGUCGAAGGGAUGGAGAAACAAAUAGAUGUAUUAUCUAACGAAUCUUGGAAUGAACGGAUCGAACACAUCCUCAGGGACUUCAGUGUGCUGAAAAUAUUGAGUUUCAAACUGGGAUCAACAGGACCGAUGUCCUAUGCUCAUGAAGUACGCCAUACUCUGGAAUACAAGCCAAGCCCCCUCACAGCAAGCAAAGUUCAGUAUGAAUCUUUGGGUGAUUUCAAGCAACUGUCUGCUACACAAGAGGCUUGGUUGUCAGACUUACAUGACGGACUAAGACAGAGGAAAAAUCUUGUCCCGCUUCUCAGAUCGGUCAUAAUCCAAGAUAAAACGGAUCAGAUCUGUCAAGACGUUAAAAAUGUUCUCUUGAGAGAAGCUUUUGGGGAUAACGAAACAUACAGAAUCGAUACUAAACCGUUGCUAUGGUUGGCCAUGUUCAAAGUCCAGACAUUCAACAACAAAUAGAGAUGUUCCACAUUGAAUCAGAGAAUGCAGGAAUGGAAUCCCAACAGGUAUGGAAGGAAGGUGGCCAGAUAAACGAUAUGGAAACUGAGAUGCAGAACACAGAUGGAAAAGA